UUUCCCACUGUCCGCAUGUGUUAAACGUCAAACAAUGUAAACAAUCGUGUUUAUGUCCGGCAUUCUUGACGCCGCGCUAACUAAUUUUCGUUACUUUCCGUUGUAAAAAUCAUCUUUAUUUCAUAAUGGCUUCUGCAAAAAUUGAUAACGAAAUGCGUACCAAAAUCGAUACAGUAUGUACCACAGCGGAAGCGUUCGUAAAGCUAUACUACGACCAUGUGGAUAAGAAGCGGCAGCACAUGGCACCCCUGUACAUGGACACCGGGCUGCUCGUGUGGAAUGGGAACGGUGCGAAGGGAAAGGACGAAAUACAGAAAUAUUUCCACGAGCUACCCCGCUCUGAGCACACGAUCACGACGAUCGAUGCACAGCCCAUCGUAGACGAUGCCGUAUCGGCGCAGAUAACCUUCGUGAUGCAGGUUUCCGGCUCGGUAAAGUUCCACGAUAACCCGUCGAAACCAUUCCAGCAAUCGUUCAUGAUAACGGCCCAGGGAGACAAGUGGAAAAUCGUUUCGGACUGUUUCCGCCUGCAGGACGGCAUUUUGUAGUGUCGUGUGAGCUCGGCGGCGCAUCAUUUAUGUUUAAUUUACGAUUAAAAGCACAUGUUUUAAUAGGCAGAAAUGGAACAUUUUUUCUUAUA